AUGCUCGAACUUAAACUGAACAACGCAGUAGUCCUGAGGCGAAUUUUCGAUUGUAUCCGCGAUCUAAUUACCGAUGGUAACAUUGAUUUCGAUGCUACUGGAAUGACUCUCCAGGCUCUGGAUGGAAACCAUAUUGCUCUUGUUCAUUUAAAACUACAUGAAAGUGGUUUUGUGUUGUAUCGAUGUGAUAGGCCUAGGGCUCUGGGAAUAAAUAUAAACUCAGUUACCAAGGCCUUUAAAUCGACUACUAAUAACGACUCUGUACUUAUUCAAAGUGAAGAAGAUAAGGAUCUCAUUAAUUUCGUAUUUGAAAAUAAUGUUGAGGAUCGAGUGUCUAGCUUUUCUCUGAAGCUGAUGACCAUUGAGCAGGACGCCCUGAGUAUCCCUGAGAACACUGAAGGCUUUGAUGCUGAGAUCACGCUCAGCUCCAAGGAGAUGACUAACAUUUGCAAGCAGAUGAACGAGUUUUCAGACACUAUAAAGAUGGACAUUUCCGGCAACUCCAUAACAUUUUCCACUGAGGGUGAUUUAGGCCACGGUGAAAUUGUUCUAAGGAACAGGGCUCCAUCAUCCGAGGGUGACUGUGGCGUCACCAUACGAGUCAAAAAUCCAAUUAAGCAGUCUUAUGCCACUAAAUAUCUUCUCAUGUUCACCAAAAGUGGAUGCUUGAGUGAUUCCGUAACGUUUGGUUUAAGUCAAAACCGGCCUAUUGAGGUUAAAUAUGAAGUAAGGGACUCGAUGGAAGACUCACGACACGGCCAUGUUCUAGGCGAAUUAAAGUUUUAUCUGGCUCCCAAAAUCGACGACGAUAUCGAGACAGAAUAA